AGUUAUAUAGUCGCCAUCUUUAAAUGUUAGGGGUGGGUGAUCAUGUCAGUCUAGUGGCACCGUUUCAACCAGGCCUGGCUGCUUCAAAGCGGUUCAGACUGGACCUGCCACCAUCUUACAGCGAUGACGUCACAGUCUAGUGACACUGUCUCAACCAGACCUGUCGAUCUGCUUCAAAGCGGUUGAAACUGGACCUGCCACCAGACCGUGAUGAUGGUCUCAACUCCUGCCUUUUCUCGGUUGUGUUAAAUGUUCAACGAUUACUUAUUUCACUUUCUGGGACAAAACUUUCUCCGGAAACCAUUUUAUCUUUCGCUCGAUCGCUUUCUUGGGCUGGCAGAGUGGACUAUGGAGGGGAUGACUAACAAGGACACGAGGCAGAUGGAGAAAAGUGCACUGUCAUGGUGAUGUACAUGCGCGGUCCUUCAAAGGCAUCCAAGGACAGCGCCUGCACCUCCAGGGGCAGCAAGUCAGGCGGGCAGAGGUAGCCGUGAACACCUACACGGGCUAUAAUUAGCACUGAUGCAACAACUCUCGUGUCUUUUCCAGUUUUGUUACGGGGGAGAGGAACAUGUCUUCUACAUUCUGUGUCUGGGUAGGAUGAAAAGAGUUUUUCGUCCGUUUCAGCCCCUGUUCGUCUUUUCCUUACCAGCGCGUUGUUCAACCAUAACGGACGUUUUUACAUAUUGACCCACACCCACCCUGAUUACCAAAGAUCUCAUGUAGACAUGCUUAACAUUACCGCGACAAGCCGAUAGCAUAUGACAACCUGUCAUUAUUCAUCUGGCAUAUCAUAUAGCAUGUAACAAAUAACCUGUCAACUGGAAUGUCACAUAGCGUGCAAUACCUGCCACCUAUUGAACUGGCAUGUCACAUAGAAUGCAGUAUGUAAUAUCCUGUCAUCUAUUCAACUGGCAUGUUACACUACAUGUAACAAUUAACCUGUCAACUGGCAUGUCACAGAGCAUGCACCCUUCCUCUCCUGCUAUGCAAGCGAGUCUCCUCCACUUCAGCGUCGCAAAGGAUUUUUUCCUACCUCAUCCUUGUUUAUUACAAAUCUCACGAGAGCAUUCAAACCCCAAGGUCAGGGAAACAACACUGAUCGAGACUCUGCCCAUAGCCAGGGUGUAGCCUACAUUUUUAAAUUCUUUUUCUUUUAUAGUGAUUAAGUCUGUGAUAACAGAUCAUCUGGAUGUUUUAAAUGAAUUUUCGUAAGACAAUUUUAAAAUUUAAUUCUUAACACCAGCUGUGAAAGUGUAGUUUACAGAGGCUGGUUUAUUGUACAUUUAUCAAGUGGACUUGUCAGAUGUAAUAAUAAUACUUAAUGAUGGAUGGAUGGAUACAUGCACACGUGUGUGUGUGUGAGUGAGAGAAUUUGUGAGAGCGUUUAUGUGUGAGUAGGAGCGUGUGACAGAAAGACAAUACAGCCAUGGGUUUCAAUUUAAAACUGAAGAUAAAGAAACUACAAAUUUCCUGAAUGUUGCUUGGCUCUAAAAGAACAGUUAAAAUUAAUCUUCAAAACACUUAAUAAUUCUUUCACCCAAUACUGCUUCUUAUCCUGUGAGUACUUUUACUCAUGCUUCCGAAUACAUAUCUUGGAGGGGGUGGGGAAAGGCAGGAGGUUGACCCAUCGACAUCAAGACAGGUCACAGCCUAACUAGGCUAGGUCACACUCCGACUUUAUACUUUCCCCAACACUGUCUGAAUAGGCGAAUAACCCUAAACAAUGCUUUAAAUUCCAGUGUUAAAAGAAAACUCAGCUAUUCUAGAAAGAGGAUGUAAAUUAGUCAUGACAUAUUUUUCUUGAAUCACUUCUUGUCAAUGCAUCUCUUCCGUAAACAUUACUCCUAGCCCCCUUUCCCACCAUGCCAGUCCUUUUCACGCCCUUCUCUCCUUGUCUUCCUUCAGCAAUAUCGUAUUACUCUCAGUUUUUGUUUGGUUCCUCUGUGUUUUCUGUAUUUGAUUGUAUUCUUCGUUAGCACUAUUGUUUAUUUUUUUAUAGUUCAUGUGUUUGUUUUCCUGUCCUUCGUAUGCUGUCCAUGUUUCGUUCUUGUUCUUAAGCGUUACAAGUAUGCUCCCUAGGAGAGUGAGUAUGUGCUUUACAAAAUUUGCAUUUUUUAUUAUUAUUACAUCGCUCUAUAUGUCAAUGAAGCUGAAAUCAUGUAGCUCGUAAGCGAAAGAAUACUUCAAGCUAAUCCACGCACUUAUGCCUCACCCCCUUCUCUGGUUGUGCACAUCAGUAAGAAAAUUGCUGAAUACUGAUAAGUUGUUGUCGUCGGACACCAAUAAAACGAAAGACCAUCACAAUCAAUAUAAUGCGCCAUGUGAUGUCUCACCCACGACUCAUUCAACAGUUUGUUUACACAAUACAUAUGACUAUAUAUGGGAGGGGUCAGAAGACGUGCCUUGUGCCGGGUUCUUGUCCAUAUUUGGAUACUGGGGACUACUCGGAUGUCGGAAACAACAGACUGCUAGAUGUUCGGGGAGGGGGAAGAGGGGGAGGAUGGUGAUUCCCCUGACCGAAGAAGGGGUGAUCCUUCCCUUUCUUCUUCUUCUUUUUUCUUCUUUUUUUUAAUCUCGGGUGUUUGAUUGUGUAGAAACAUGCAGUGACUCACAGUGAUUGAAUGACGGAGCUGAAAUUGUCUAACCAUAAGGUUUACCCUUGCGAUUAGCUACAGGUUGGUGGUGUCAUGUUUGAGUUUUAAGUGUACCGAGGCAUCAGUCGCACACAAUGAAUGCAAAGAUUUUAUACGUGCUUAAGUGAAGGCUUUUGAACAUGUUAAAAUCAUUGGUUUCUAUGGCAUGAGAUCUUUGGCUCGUCAUAUACAUUCACUUCCACUCCCCUCCCGAACACAUAAUGCGAAGAGAGAGAGAGAUGGAGAGGGGAGAAGAACUAUCAAAAGUCUACACAUUCAUCACAUUCUUUGGGGCGAAAGAUAUUUAUUUGGUCUUCUUUCCCUAGUGUGAUUGCUGUUUAAUUCAGUUUUAAAACACGUGACUGACUACCUGUUCGUUUCCUGCAUCUGAAAAAAUAGCAUAGUAGUAGAUAUGAAAGAGGAAUCUUUCCAGCUAUUGCCUCUCUCUCAUUAACUCGGUCACUCACUACCGCAUCCGGGUGCUGCUACCCCGCCAGUGCUACUGCUCCAGCUCUACCCUUUCACCCCACACAUCAUCGGCUCGUUAUCGGGAGGGUCACGCGGCUUCGUCACGUAAACAAAGGUCGUUUGAAUGCCUACAGAUUGCGAAUUUUAUUUGAAAGGCGGCUUCUCGGGUGGGGCAUGUUUUUCGGAACUUGUAGCGGCAUGGUGAGAUUCAUCUGACUGUGGCCUGCACAUAGUGUUGAAGAUAAAUCAUUAGUGUCUAAGACUAGCUGCUUGUGUGGAUCGAGUACUUGGGUGUCCAUCUCUUCCAUGUAUCUGAAGAUUCUCAUUACUUUUGGGCUUAUUUUGUUUAACCGUGCAGAUGAUUCUACAGCUGGCUGCCAUGGCGAUUGCGGGCACGAAGGGAUUUGUGCUGGCGACCAUUUCUGUAGCCUAGCUCUCCAUAAUGAACCUUACUGUAGGCCCUGCGCCGACAUACUGGACCACUACUGCCACAACCUCACCCACAUCAAAGACAAGUUUCCACAGUGUCUGUAUUACUGCGAGGCAGAAAAGAAGAAAAAGGAACUGGAGCAAGAGCUGAAGACAGCAAAGACUCCACAAACAGAUGUGGGGCUAAAUACUCAGGUCAUCGUCAUGUGUAUCCUGCUGCUAGCAGCCAUAUCUACCGCUGUAAUCUUUGCCAUCCUCUACUGUCGUCUACGUCGUCAACUAACAGUUAGCAGAGAACCAGAGGACCAGCCUCUAAUGACUACUGUAUUAGCAAACAGUGACACAAGUCAGAAAGAACUUGCGGUGGACAUGGAGACAGACCUCAGGUCACCCGUUUCCCAUCCUCCUGCCCAACCUGAUACCGGGUAUGAGACAGCGUCCAGCAAUGAUUCUCUGAACUCGACAGCAACUGUCGGAUCGUCCUCCCAGCAAGCUGUCCAAAACAAUGGCUCAAAUGAAGACCGCAGCACAAACCCCGGCCAUUGUGGUCAUGCCGGCAACGGGCAGGUUAGUGCAUAUGAUGUCACCAUCCGCCCUGACUCUCAGAACACCAAGGUCAGCAUUUUGAACAAUCCAACAAGCGACGACCGCAAGUAUGACAAAAAUGUCGCCACAAACCUGUCCAGACACCAUGGAGACGAUAUAUAAAGGCGGACGACGACCUGGUCCACCUCUCAACCAGUCUGGUGUCUGGUGCUGGCGUCUGGUGUCUGGUGCUGGGGAAAGUAGUCUCGUGCUACAAGACUGGUUGUCCGUUGUCUGGGGUUUUGCAGCCUUUCCAAGCUGCUUCCAUGUUGAAAGGGUCGUGUAGAACAAGAAAAUCCAGAGAUUUGAAAAAUAGUUGAGGACGCUGAGCCACACUGGAAAUGGGAUUGCAUCCUGUUUUGAUUAACCUCAUUUUUUGGACACCGUUCCUUCAGCUUUAUUGCCCCUAGUCUCUGGAAUUCACUGCCUACUGGUCUGAGAAUUGCACUUCAGCUCAGCAGUCUCAGCUCUCAUCUAAAGACAUAUUUCUGUCAUUGACCUUUUUUUUUAGGUACUCCCUCGUUUGUGUGCUGUCUGCAGUGUGUAGAUGUAUAUGUUCUUGCCUUAUUGUUAUGCCUGUGUGAGAGAUGAAAUAUCUUAUUAGUCCUGUUUACCCCCAGUGGAGUAUAGGGCAGCAACCACACCACGACAGCAGAUCCCGUUCUGGGCGUGCUUCUUCAGUUGGGUCCAUGUCCUCCCAGAUGCUUCAGCCCCCACUUGGGCCGACCUCUCCACGUCUGUUUGUCUCCCAACCCUGCGCUUCCCCUGUGGGCUCCAGUCCAGAUAUUGUCUGGUUAAAUUAUCAGCCUCUGGAUUGAAUAUAUCUGAAUGUAACAGUGUGUGUGUGUGUGCACGCUCGGUUAAUAGUACUUGUUGUGAGGAUCGGAGAAAAACUAUGAUUGUAAAUAGCAUUGAGUAGUUAUGAUAUGACUGAGAGUGAAUAAAUUUAUAAGAUGCU